AUUCAUAGCUGCCAUAUUGAAACCAUUUUUAAUUUACGAUUACCUAUUUACGGUAGCUGUUUUUGGAGGACGAUUUUUGUCUUCGACCUUCAUCCUUUUUUGUUGUUAAAUGGCUCAGAGAAUGCCACACCCCGAGCCGAUGUGUAACAAUGUUUGAGUCCGUAGACUUGAGUCACGUGUUACGCAUAUGUUUGCGCAUGUAUGAAUGUGUCUAUGCAUGUAUACGCGAGUCGUGCGCAAUUUCGCUUUCGUACAAAUAUGUUGCUUGCCUUGACACCUUGAGAGCUAAAAUUAUAUAAAGCUCCCCAUUCGUAAUCCCGUUGAAUUAUUCGUCAAGAUACUAAACGAUCAACAUGUUAUUCUACGCACUCGGUGCAUUCAGCGUUGUAAUAUUUGGAUUAGCCUCAGCCCAAAAACAUACCCUUCCUAUUACUACCUGUAGACGAGAUUCAGCUAAUUAUUCUACAUGUUUGAAACGUUCUUUAGACGAAGCAUGGCCACGAUUUGUCGCAGGAAUCCCAGAAUUUGAUUUUCCAUCUUUGGAUCCUUUAGUUUAUAAAUACGGUAAAAUUAUAAUUAACUCAGGCGAGAUACAUGGAGAAGUUAUUUUGUCGAAUAUCAGUGCUGUCGGUAUGUCGGAGACUCGUUUCAGUGAUAUCAGAACACACUUUCUUGAUGAUGUUUUUCGUUUAGAAAUUGACACAUUUAUACCAAAACUAUUCAUAGAAGGUGUUGUAAAAAUGGAUGGUGGUCUAAGUACUUUCAGAAUUAAUGGUCAAGGACCAUUUAACUUAACUACUCAUGAUGUCAGAUCAACGUGGGAUUUAAUAGGACAUGUAGUAAAUGAUACAUGGAUUGUAGAACAUUUUCAUCAACUGCCAUCAAUUGAAAAGUUUAAAGCACAUUUUGAUUUGUUUCAAGACAACAAAGGAUUUAAUGAUUUUGUUGUAACUUUUGUAAACGAAUUCUGGCCGCCAUUAUAUCGAGUAAUGUUACCAGCAGCAUCCAAUAUAUGGGAUCCAUGGUUGACUAAUUACAGUAAUUACUUUUUUUCAAAAGUUUCUUUCUCAAAAAUAUUUCCUUGAAAUUUAUACAUUGUACAUUAAAAAAUUG